AAAAAUUGAAAACUUGUUUUUUUAAACAACUUCGUUGAAAGAAUAUUAACAAUGUUAUCUUCUCGUUCUAUGUUACGUUCUGCUUCCAGAUCUUUGCCAGCUUUGUCUAGAUCUGCUUUGAGAAUUGCUCGUCCACAAGUUACCUUGCAGAGAUUUGCUUCUGCUAAGGCUGCUCCAACUGAAGUUUCCUCCAUCUUGGAAGAAAGAAUCAGAGGUGUUUCCGAUGAAGCUAACUUAAACGAAACCGGUAGAGUUUUGUCCGUUGGUGAUGGUAUUGCUAGAGUUUUUGGUUUGAACAACUGUAGAGCCGAAGAAUUGGUUGAAUUUUCUUCUGGUGUCAAGGGUAUGGCCUUGAACUUGGAAGCCGGACAAGUCGGUAUUGUGUUGUUUGGUUCCGAUGCCUUGGUUAAGGAAGGUGAAACCGUCAAGAGAACAGGUAAGAUUGUUGAAGUUCCAACUGGUCCAGAAUUGUUGGGAAGAGUUGUUGAUGGUUUGGGUAACCCAAUUGAUGGUAAGGGACCAUUGAACGCUUCUUCUUCUUCCAGAGCUCAAGUUAAGGCUCCAGGUAUUUUACCAAGAACCUCUGUCCACGAACCUAUGCAAACUGGUUUGAAGUCCGUCGACGCUUUGGUGCCAAUUGGUAGAGGUCAAAGAGAAUUGAUCAUUGGUGACAGACAAACCGGUAAAACCGCUGUUGCUUUGGACACCAUCUUGAACCAAAAGAAAUGGAACCAAGGUGCUGAUGAAUCCAAGAAAUUAUACUGUGUUUACGUUGCUGUUGGUCAAAAGAGAUCCACCGUUGCCCAAUUGGUUCAAACCUUGGAACAAAACGAUGCCCUUAAAUACUCUAUUAUUAUUGCUGCCACUGCUUCUGAAGCUGCUCCAUUACAAUAUAUUGCUCCUUUCACUGGUUGUGCAAUUGGUGAAUGGUUCAGAGACAAUGGAAAACACGCCUUGAUCAUCUACGAUGAUUUGUCUAAGCAAGCUGUUGCUUACCGUCAAUUGUCCUUGUUGUUGAGAAGACCACCUGGAAGAGAAGCUUACCCUGGUGAUGUUUUCUACUUGCACUCUAGAUUGUUAGAAAGAGCUGCUAAGAUGCACCCAAAAUUGGGAGGUGGUUCUUUGACUGCCUUGCCAAUUAUUGAAACUCAAGGUGGUGAUGUUUCCGCUUAUAUUCCAACCAAUGUUAUUUCUAUUACUGAUGGUCAAAUUUUCUUGGAAGCUGAAUUGUUCUACAAGGGUAUUAGACCAGCUAUUAAUGUUGGUUUGUCCGUUUCCAGAGUUGGUUCCGCUGCUCAAGUUAAGGCUAUGAAGCAAGUUGCCGGUUCCUUGAAAUUGUUCUUGGCUCAAUACAGAGAAGUUGCUGCUUUCGCUCAAUUCGGUUCUGAUUUGGAUGCUUCUACCAAGCAAACCUUGGCUAGAGGUGAAAGAUUGACUCAAUUGUUGAAGCAAAACCAAUACUCUCCAAUGGCUGCUGAAGAACAAGUUCCUUUGAUUUACGCUGGUGUUAACGGUUUCUUGGAUGCCGUUGAAUUGAGCAGAAUCGGUGAAUUUGAAGACGCUUUCUUGUCUCACUUGAAAUCUAGUGAAGCUGAAAUCUUGGACACCAUCAGAGAAAAGGGUGAAUUGUCCAAGGAAGCUUUGGCUAAGUUGAAGACUGUCACCGAAUCUUUUGUUGCUUCUUUCUAAGCAACCUGGAACCUUUUUUAUAGUUUAGAUUCCUAUAAACUCCUCUCAAAAAAAUAUAAAGAGCAUAUAUUCAAAACAAAC